AUGGGAAAACAAAAGUCUCGGGCGCAGCAGUUUGCUGAGAUAGCAGAUCGCCGUCCCCAAGACUUUGAUCCAGAGGAAGGCGAUGCCCCUCUAAGUGGUGAAGACAGCGAAAUCGAAGACAGCGACAACGAAGUCGCUGCUACAGAACAUUAUACCAAAGUCAGUAAAAGUAAACUACGGAAACCAGAACAGAUAUCUUUGGGUCCUCAAUAUGCUGGAUCUCGAAUAAGUCGGGAAGCCCUACUAGACAAUGAAAGCGAUGCAUCUUCGCAACACGACUCGGAUAUGGAUGACGAGGAAGCUACGUACGCCGAUCCGAAUGACUCAGUUUUGGAUGUUGAGGAUGAGGAUGGUGACAUAGACAGUGAUGCUGCAUUUGGAGAGAGCGACUCGGGAAAGUUUGAAAAGUUUGCCUUCCGAGGAAGCGGAAAGCCUAGAGAUGUUAAGAAUAUUGGUAUAAGGCCAAAGGCAGCCGACUUCAUGUCAGAAGAUAGCGAUGAGGCGGAACUUGAAGACAGUGCAUCUGGAGAUGGAGGUUCUGACGAGGAUUUAUUGGAUACAGCUGACCAGCACGAUGAUGACUCCGAGGACGAAGUCUUCUCAACUGCACGCCAGUACCCCGAUGAGAAAUCUGCUGGGAGUGUUACUAGCUCUAGUCGUUCCUCGAUCGAUAAGGAUGCCGAACUACAAAGUGACUCUAGUAAUGGCGAAGAGAAUGCAGAGGAAAGCGAUCAGGAACAGGAGCAAAGCGAUGAGGAUGUUGAAGUGGAUGGAGACGAUCACGACGAUGAUGAAAAUACAAGACGAGAGGAACUUCGCAAAAUCAUGAAUGAAGAACAGCAGGCGGUCGUAGCGACAAUAUCUCAAGCUGCAAAGGCCGAUGCUGAUAAAGGGAACGCGGUCAAGGAGCAAAGGAAGGCUUUUGACUCGCUUCUCAGUGUUCGUAUGGUUUUACAAAAGGCGUUGGUCGCGACAAACUCCAUGGCAGCCGUUGAUUGUCAAGACAUUGAUGGGAACCAGCCGUAUGAGGCUGCAGAGGAAGCUGCAUUAAAACUAUGGAAUACAUUGGACAGCCUUCGAGAUGAGCUAUCGAGAGCGAAGAACGGUUCUAAGCCUAGUAAAAAGCGCAAAAGGGGCGUUGAUAUCUCAACUCCCUCGAGUACAAUAUGGGAGAAGAUGCAGCGCUCCGAGCUGGAAAUGAUUGAUGUUCGACAAACGACUUUGGAAAAAUGGUCUGCUAAGGUUCGUGGUACAACCGCUUUACCAUUAACACGGAAACUCAACCCUAGUGCAACGCAAUCUAUCACCUCAGUUAUACAAGACCAGCUGGCCGGCUCUGAGAACUUAAUACGGAAAACGAAAAUACCUAGAUCAUGUGCACCAAUCCAAAGAGAUCAGAAGCUUGUUGAAGACUCCAACAUAUACGAUGAUGGUAAUUUCUACCAACUACUUCUUAAAGAGCUUGUUGACCAGAGACGGGUCGAGUCUCUAAACGCACCAGCUGCGGCUGCUGCUAACGGAAAUGCUUUGCAGUGGGCGGCUGUCAAGGAAGCGAAAACUAAGAAGAUUGUUGAUACUAAAGCCAGCAAAGGUCGCAAAAUGCGAUUUACUGUUCACGAGAAGUUGCAAAAUUUCAUGGCGCCAGAGGAUAGAGGCUCGUGGGAGCCCCACGCCAUUGAUAGGUUCUUCGGAACUCUCCUAGGCCAGAAGAUGACUCUUGGAGAGGAUAUUCAAAACGAGGAAGACCAUGAUGCCAUGUCAGUUGAAGAGGAAGGGUUGAAACUGUUCAGAUCUUAG